AUGAGGCUGCUAGAUGCGAACACCCUUGAGGUGGUGGAGUUCAUGGAUCACAAUGUCCCGAAAUAUGUGAUCCUGUCCCAUACAUGGAUUGAAGGACAAGAAGUUGCCCUCCAAGAUAUGCAGAACAACAAAGGGACAGAGCGAUCUGGAUAUACCAAAAUCAAACAAGCAUGCGCCUUAGCCCUUGAGAAUGGAUAUGGGUAUGCCUGGGUCGACACAUGCUGUAUCGACAAGACCAGCAGCGCAGAGCUAUCAGAGGCUAUAAACUCAAUGAUGAGUUGGUAUCAGCGAUCGGAGAUAUGUUAUACAUAUUUGGCAGAUGUUCCACCAGGCACCAACAUUCACGAGCCAGAAUCGUCAUUUGCAAAGAGUCGUUGGUUUGAACGAGGCUGGACCCUUCAAGAACUCAUAGCUCCGUCGAAGCUCGUAUUUUUCUAUGACGAUUGGUCUGUCAUGUCCGAAAGAAAUGAUAUCGUCGAUCUUAUCACGCAAAUUACCGGUAUAGACCAGACAUAUCUAUCCGCUCCGCCGACUUCGACAGACUGCCGUUUGCAAUCUCGACUCCAUGCGGCAAGCAUUGCCGAGAAGAUGAGCUGGGCUUCGAAACGUAAGACAACUCGCAUUGAGGACACGGCGUACUGUCUGCUGGGUAUAUUUGGAAUCAAUAUGCCUCUACUAUACGGCGAGGGCACAAAUGCUUUUCUGAGAUUGCAAGAGGAGAUCAUGAAACGAUCAGAUGAUCAGACGUUGUUGGCCUGGUACCCCCCAGAAGACGCGCCAGACGAGCUAGGAGUGCUUGCUACAUCUCCGGCUGCGUUUGCAAAUUGCAGGGACUUUAUCCCUUGUGAUGUGGGCAUGCCUACCCCGCCAUUCCAAAUCACCAACAAGGGCCUACGCAUCGAAAUGCCAGUUUCCAGCGACAGCUUUAGCUAUGGGAGAUAUGGUCUGCUGCAGUGCAGGACGAAACAAGAUCCCACAACCAUGAUUGCGAUCCCCUUGGACAACAGCCGCAACAACCUCUAUGUACGAAGCAAAAGACCGCUGUCAAUUCUGAGUUAUCAGUACUGGAGGGCAUGGUCAUUUACCCCAGUCAAUCUACUCCCAAGCCUCUCUUUUGCCAGCAGCAUUGUCCAGCCACCGAGCUAUACAGUCUUCUUGGAGUCUCUUCCAGAAAACUUCUAUAUCGCAGAGGUCUAUCCGCCAAACGUACCGCAGCAGCCCGAUCCACGGAUCAUCAUGACGGGUAUCCCUGAAGACGAGAAUCAAAGUUCCAGUAGGGUUGCUUUGGUUCUAAUCAAAAGCCUUGUCAAUGAUGUAGAACCAUUUGUUGUAAGAGUCCUGAUAGAAUCAACACCAAGUCAGGGGCCGAUUCGGAUAGGAUCUCAUCUUGAGGCCACUAUCAGAUUCGUCAAGAGUCCCGUUGGAACCUUCUUUGACGGUGUAUCCCUUGCCAGCUCGUGGUCUAAAUGCACAAACCCAAUGUUUAUGUAUUGGACACGGAGGCAAGAACAAGACUAUGAUAUUGAUUGGACCCGCGAGCAACACUUUGGAAAGACGCUUUUUGUUUUUGAAAUUACGCAAAAAGGUGUCGACAGACAUCGCCCUGACUGGCGUCUCUUCAAUAAGGACGAGUUGACGGACCUUCAGGAAGGGUGGACGCAAUCCUUACAACGACUAUCCUACCAUGCUCGGAGCAGUGCUCGUACAGUUGUUCGGUCACUUGCCCUCUCACCAUGGAUGUUUACAUUUGUCAUUGAUUCCUUGAUCUGGAAGACUUUCAAACCGCUCUGCUCAACGAUAUUCCACCUUGAGAUGUAUUUCAAAAGAUAUGCACUUGGUUCAGUCGCAACAUCUUUAAGCAUUUAUCUCUUCGAUGUUCCUAGGAGGAGGCUUCAGAACCUGAUUCGGGCCAUUUUAUCCCAUGAAGCGUUCCGUCGGGUUCGAACCAAUUCUUCGGACUUUCUCCUCUUUUACCUUUGUUGCAAGCUUAUUCCUUCAGAGCUACUAGAAGCUAUUCUUGAGAAGAAUUGGAAGGAGUUGAUGAGCGUGUUCCUGGGAGUUGGGCUCCGACUGGUCGUUACCGGGAAGGGCGCGGACUUAACUAUCAUGCUGGCUUCGUACAUGCUGAAGCGAACGAACAGGUUAAUGGUAUAA